UUGUUUUGUGGCAUCAUCCCUGUCACUGCUUGCUUUGUGCAGUACUCACAAAGUUUUUCCUUGUAACUCGUGGUGCGCGUAUUUUCCAAAUAACAAAGGGCAAAGAUUGUUUGUUCAGAACAGGGUCUGAUGUUUUGACACUCUUUAUGUAUGUGGACACAAAUAGCUGAUGGCCUGAAUAAGCUGGAACUUCACAUUUCUAAUACGGCCCGCAUCAUAAUUAACCUUUUUGAGUUUGAUGCAGCGUGGUUGAUGUGUCCCUAGCGUUCCACUGUCCAUCUAGAUUUAGCUUUGCACUAGCCACUGGGCCUGCAGCAGUCAAGCAGUGGACAUCAUCGCCUGCAUGGAAAAGGCCAGGGUGGUGUCAUACAUCUGGCUGUGUAUCAAGGGGAAGUGGGUGUUUUCUAAAAUGGAACAUCAGUUCAGCCCUUCCUGUUGAGAAAAGAAUGGGAUAAGUCUCAGACAAGUACCAAGUCCUCACUGCAAGACCCUGUCAGCCAGAAAUCCCUUUUCUCUGAAUUGACUCUCAUGCAAAUUGCACCUCAAGAUGGUUUUAAAAGGAUUUAGUGGUAGGUCUUUAUAGACGUCUUCUGCAUGAAAGAGGAAGUCUGAUUGCCUUGUGACACGAGGAUCACAGACAGAAAGUGCCUUGUAAGACAACAUCCUUACUUGAAGAUCCCUGGGCGUUUUCUGAAGAGCUCCAGAUUUUUCCCUCUGCAGUCGUGAUAGGACUCAGCCGACCUCCUGACCUGUUUGUUUGUCCUUACCUGUGCUCAGUGCGAAGAAAUCCCAAGUGAAGCAGUGGACUACUACUGCACUGCUGGCCAAGGUGCCAAAGUUCAGAGAGCAUGUACUGAAGACUUUUAAACAAUAGAAAGCCACAAACAUGUUUUAAACUGUGCCGUUGCACCUCAAAAUAGCACCACUUUUGCUCCCCAACAUCCACCCUUGCACAGAUAUCAUCACUCAUACAAAGGUCAUUUUUCGGUACUUUGGUACAACCGGUAGAGUUUGUCUCUGAGCAUGCCCCCUCUGCCUUGUCAGAGGUCUGCACCUGAGACUUACUGAUUGAUGAACAAUUAGCUGUGUGACGGAGAAACUUCAACAGCAGUGCAGUCCCAUGCUCCGGUCACAGAGACUUUGCCAGUCCAUUACCUACACUUUCCUCUCUGCAAGGACAAACCUCAUCCACUGACCUGAAGCAGAUCAUUUACAGCUGCAUGUUCCACCAGUUUUAGUUGUUGCGGGUUUUAUUUUUUUUAACUGGAACACUCUGAAACACCUCCUCAGAGGAUAGCCUCCUAAAACCAAGUGGCUCCACUCCACCCUAGCUCCACAGCCAGUGCUGCUGACAUGGCUCUAAACAUUGCCUCGAUACGGGACACAAAAUGGCUGACCCUGGAAGUGUGCCGGCAGUUUCAGAGAGGGACUUGUUCACGCAGUGAUGAGGAAUGCAAAUUUGCCCACCCACCCAAAAGCUGCCAGGUGGAGAAUGGAAGGGUGAUCGCCUGUUUUGACUCGUUAAAGGGCCGAUGCACGCGAGAGAACUGCAAAUACCUGCACCCGCCCGCUCACCUGAAGACCCAGCUGGAGAUCAACGGGCGAAAUAACCUGAUCCAGCAGAAGACAGCGGCCGCCAUGUUGGCUCAACAGAUGCAGUUCAUGAUCCCCGGCACCACCAUGCAGCCUGUGGUUAGUGCUGGUCUUUUUGCUGUGCAGACGUUUCCAGUCAGCCAGGGCCUGGGUUCCAGCGCAGGUUUGAGCUACGCACCCUACCUGACUCCCAUGUCGCACAGCAUGGGCCUGGUGCCCACAGACAUCCUGCCUAACACCCCCUGUAUGGUCCCCGGCAGCCCGCCUGUCUCCGUGACCGGUGGCUCUUCCUCCAACCAGAAACUACUGCGUACCGACAAGCUGGAGGUUUGCCGUGAGUUCCAGCGGGGCAACUGCGCUCGCGGGGAGACCGACUGCCGCUUUGCUCACCCCAGCGACAGCCCCAUGAUUGACACCAGCGAUAACACGGUCACCGUCUGCAUGGACUACAUCAAGAGCCGCUGCUCCCGCGAGAAGUGCAAGUACUUCCACCCCCCGGCCCACCUGCAGGCCAAGAUUAAGGCUGCCCAACACCAGGCCAACCAGACAGCUGUGGCGGCGCAAGCCGCCGCCACAGCUGCAGCCAUGACUCAGUCGACUGCCAAAGCAAUGAAGCGACCCCUCGAGGCAACUGUAGACCUGGCGUUCCCCCACGGCGUCCUCCAGCCCCUACCAAAGAGACAAGCACUUGAGAAGAGCAACGGCUCCCUGUUCAACCCCAGUGUUUUGCACUACCAGCAGGCGCUGGCCAACGCACAGCUCCAGCAGCCCACUUUCUUUCCCACAGGGUCAGUCUUGUGCAUGACUCCUGCUAGCAGUCUUGAUUAUCCUGAAGUAAGUUUCAGGAAGGGAAUGGAGUGUUACGAAGCUGCACUAGGAAACCCAAAACAGUCCCUGUGUAAAUACUACCUUACCUCUCCCAUAGAGGUCCAGCAACCUGCAUGCUAAGAGUGUAACACUUCAAUUUAACCGUAAGAACUGCAGUGCCGGUGUAACACACACACACACACACACACACACACACACAUUUAAAAAAAAAUAUAUAUAUAUAUAU